AUGAAAGUUGUAAAACUUUUAUCUUCCCGAUCUGUAUCAACGAAGAGUACCUUUCGAAACCGGGUUAAAGAACAACUGGAUCAAUUACCUAAACCACCGAUUAUUAAAAAAUCGACCGUUGAUCUUGCAACGAUAGACCAUCAUUCAAAAUUAAGUAAUAAUUGGUGGGAUAGAAAUGGUGAAAUGCGUGCUCUGCACGCGUUAAAUCCUCUUAGAGUACAAUUUGUGAGAGAUGGUUUAGCUAAUACAGGUAUUCAAGCUGAAACUCCAUAUCUACCAUUGGAGGGAAUCAAAAUCUUAGACGUUGGUUGUGGUGGAGGAUUAUUGUCAGAACCGCUAGCUAGAAUAGGAGCAGAAGUAACUGGGAUUGAUGCAUCUUCAGAACUAAUAUCAGUUGCAAAAGAACAUGCUGCAUUAGAUUCUAAUUUAAGUAGAAAGUUAAAUUAUAUUCAAACAAGUAUCGAAGAUUUUGCUCCAGCUAAUAAUAAAACGUAUAAUGCCAUAAUAGCUUCAGAAGUUGUAGAGCAUGUGAAUGAGAAGGAAUUAUUUUUAAAGCAUUGUAUAGAUACAUUAAAGCCUGGUGGUUCUAUAUUUCUUACAACAUUAAACAAAACUCUGCCUGCUUGGCUUGGAGGGAUCAUUGCAGCUGAACAUGUUUUAAAAUUGGUACCAAAGGGUACUCAUGAUUGGAAUAAAUUUGUUACUCCAGCUGAAAUGCAGUGUUUAUUAGAAAAAUGUGGUUGUAAAACAAAAUUAAUUCAUGGAAUGUUUUAUAAUCCAUUAAAGAACGAGUGGUUUUGGAUAGCAUCAAGAGCAAUAAACUAUGCAAUUCAUGCAGUAAAAAGGAAGGAGUAUGAAUAA